AUGUAUGGUUUUAAUGAAAGUGAACUCAAGUCUGAAACAAAGAUAUUUAAUAGGAUGUACAAAAGUCUGAAUACUGAAAAUACUAUCCAAUCUAAAAUAAAAUAUUUGAGGUCAGCUGAUAAUGCUAUUGGGUUUCCGACAUUGGCAAAAUUAUAUAAACUUUUUUUAACUAUACCAUCAAAUUCAGCAGCAUGUGAAAGAAGCUUUUCUUGUCUCCGACGAUUAAAAAACUAUUUAAGAAGUACUAUGGGACAAUCUAGAUUAAAUCAUUUAAGAAUUUUACAAAUAGAACGUGAAAGAUUGUUAAAUAUUAAUAAGGAUGAAGUCAUAAAACAAUUUGACUCAUCUACAAUACCACGUCGUUUAAAGCUUAAUAAUUUUUAA